AUGCUCAGAACAUCGCUCAAGUAUCAACCGAUCAAACGUUUGAUGUCUGAAUACGUCAGGUUCGGUGUCAAGGGCGUUUCCCGCGUAGUAACGUUGUCAAGACCCGAGAAACUCAAUGCCAUCUCGACUGAGAUGUGCAGCAAAAUGCUGCCUACUUUGCUGGAAUACAGCAAGAGUGACGUGAACAACGUGGUAGUGAUACGGUCAGACAGCUCUCCUCGGUCUUUUUGUGCAGGAGGUGAUGUGGCUACCGUGGCAGCACAGAAUAUCGCUGGCCGCCUUGAUCAGUCUCUGGAGUUUUUCCAACAAGAAUACUCACUUAACAUGCUACUUGCUACCUACAAUCGCCCCGUGGUCGUUUUGAUGGAUGGUAUAACCAUGGGAGGCGGUGUGGGUCUUUCGACCCAUGUCCCUUUUCGUAUAGCCACGGAAAACACCCGUUGGUGUAUGCCCGAAACAGACAUUGGAUUUUUCCCCGACGUUGGAACCACCUUUUCUUUGCCGCAGCUAACCACCGUGGGCGGUACAAAUGGCCAGCUUGCCUUGUAUCUGUGCCUAACCGGUGAUCUACUAACAGGCGCUGAUGUUUACGUGGCGGGCUUGGCCUCACACUACAUCCCCAGCCACAACCUCGCUGAUCUACAGGCAAGAUUGAGCGAGCUUCCGGUAUCGAGCCAGUCCGAUGACAUGUGGGAGAUCACUGGCACGGCUCUUGAAGAGUUUUCUGUUGGUAUGCCAGGCGAUUAUCAAUUUAAGUACUCCAACGCCCAGCUAGACGUGAUCGAAUCAUGUUUCGAUGUAGGUGCAUCGGGAAGCAUCAAAGCAAUUACAAGUGCCUUGGAAAAGGUCGUCGCCUCGACCUCCGCUGCUCCAGAGGAGAAAGAGUUUGCACGCAUUACUCUACAAAAGCUAGCUGCCAAGAGCGUAGUGUCGUUACAAGUCGCAGUCGAGCAAUUCCGCAGAAACAAACACUCCGAUAUCGAAUCUGCUCUGAAACAAGAUCUGGUUACCGCUUCUAACAUGUGCGAGGACCCAGUUUCUGAGUUUUCCCAGGCCACAAAGCACAAACUUAUCGAAAAGAAAAAGACAACCUACCCUUGGUCCAAAUCGAGCCUGACCAUGGAAGAAUUGUCCCGCCUCGUUUCUCCUCGUGCCUCAACAUCUGUAUCGUUGCACAAGCUCCCCGAGGCUGUGACCUGGAAAAAAUAUCCUAACCAUGCCAAAUUCAUGCUCCCAACCGAGCAACAACUAAAGGACUAUAUAACCGGCAACGACAACUCCGGAAGAUCGCUUGCUGUGUCUCGUGCCGAGGUAGUCAAGUAUUUUUCCCAGUAUAAUCCCUCUUCCAGAGGAAAAACCGGUAUUCAAUUUCUCUGCAAUCAAAUUUGCAGUAGAAAAUGCACCGUGGGCGAAGCAGGAGAACUCCACUGGAAAGAUAAAUCAUCACCAUAG